AUGCCGGCCACCGAUUCCUCGUCGCCGGCGGCGGCGCCGCUGCCCUCCAUCGGCCGCUCCAUCGGCUGGUCGCUCCGCCGGGAGCAGAACCAGAUCCACUCCUUCCCGCCGCCGCCCGACGACGCCACCGACGCCUUCCAGCGCCGCGCCGCCGAGCUCCUGACCAACCUCCUCGCGCCCCCGGCCGACGACGUCCUCUCCCUCGCCUGGACGCGCCGCCUCCUCGACGCCUUCCUCCUCUGCCUCGAGGAGUUCCGCGCCCUGCUUUUCGGCUCCGGGGUCUCGCCCGCCGCACGGCCCCCGCUCGACCGCCUCGUCGCCGACUUCUUCGACCGCACCGUCAAGGCGCUCGACCUCUGCAACGCCGUCCGCGACGGCCUCGACCUCGUCCGCCAGUGGCGAAAGCACCUCGCCAUCGCAGCAGCCGUCCUCGCCUCCUCCUCUUCUUCCGCCUCCUCCUCCUCGCCGCCGCUCGGGGAGGCCCAGAUCCGCCGCGCCCGCAAGGCGCUCACCGACCUCACCAUCCUCAUGCUCGAAGACAGGGACGGCGGGGGCGUCGUCGGCCAGCGCAACCGCUCCUUCGGUCGCCCUGCCAACGCCACCAACGAAAAAGCCGCCCGCGGCCACGGCCAGGGCCACCACCGCCGGAGCAGCAGCGGCGGGAGCUCCGGCUCCGGCUCCGGCUCCGGCACCCACCUCAGGUCCCUGUCCUGGAGCGUGUCCCGGGCCUGGUCCGCCGCGCGCCAGCUGCAGGCCAUCGGGGGAGGCCUGCCCGUGCCCCGCCCGCAGGACAACGCCGCCACGGGAGGCCUCGCCUCGGCAGUCUACACCAUGGGCGCCGUGCUCUUCAUCGUCGCCUUCGCGCUCGUCGCCGCCAUCCCGUGCCAGGACCGCGGCCUCCACGUGCAUUUCUCCGUGCCCAGGAACCUCCCCUGCUCGGGCCCCAUCACCACGCUCUACGAACGCAUCCUCGACGAGUCCAAGAAGAAGGAGCGCAAGAACUCGUGCGGCCUGCUCAAGGAGAUCCACCAGAUUGAGCUCUCCUCCAGGCACCUCAUGGAGAUCACUGACGCCGCCGAGUUCCCGUUGCACGAGGACAAGGAUACCCAGGUGCGGGAGGCCGCGCAGGACCUAGUGCAGCUGUGCGAAACCAUCAAGGAAGGGCUCGACCCGCUCGAGCGCGAGGUCAGGCAGAUGUUCCACCGGAUUGUGCGCACACGCACAGAAAUCCUUGACUGCUUGAGUAAGCCACAUGGCACCCAGUGA